AAAUACCUUUUAAAAUAUUCGAUAUAAUAACUGAAAUUAAUAUUACAGAAUUAUGGGAAACAAUCUACCUAAUUGAUAAUGAAGUAACUCAACAAGAUCAAGAAUUUGAACAACUUCAUUAUAUUCCUGAUCUAGUUCCUAGUAAAGGUGCUCAUUAUAAAUCAUUUGAUGAGUUAUACGGCAUAU